CUGCUGGACUCGAGCAACUCGGCACCAACAAGCCGCCGCUGGCUCCGCUCCCCCUGCUCUGUGCUGAGUGAGGACUCGGUGCAGCAGGAGUCUGAACGCUGCGUGGCCCUCCCUAUCUGUCCGUCAUUUUUCCCGCACGGCUGUCGACAUGGCCUCCGACGGCAUGGACGAGCGAUCUCCGCUGCUAUCGGGUCCCAACUCGGAGAAUGUGACCCCCACUGCACCCCCGUACCUGCAGGAUUCAAGUCCCCGAGCCGAACUACCUCCUCCUUACACAGCCAUCGCUAGCCCUGAUGCCGGUGGUGUGCCCGUCAUCAACUGCCGCGUUUGCCAGUCACUCAUCAACCUGGACGGAAAGCUGCAUCAGCAUGUGGUCAAGUGCACAGUCUGCAACGAAGCGACGCCCAUCAAAAAUCCCCCAACAGGGAAAAAGUAUGUGAGGUGUCCCUGUAACUGCCUGCUCAUCUGUAAAGACACAUCUAGGAGGAUAGGAUGUCCUCGACCUAACUGUAGACGCAUUAUUAACCUUAGCCCGGUGAUGGUAAUCCCAGAGGAACAACCUGCCCAGCCGGCGUUGCCCAUCCAGCCUGAGGGGAUGAGGGUGGUCUGUGGUCACUGUGGGAACACCUUUCUAGGCAGUGAGGACGCCAGGUCAUCCCAGCCAAUGUCUGGCCUUCCCAGCGAUGGCUCUCCCCCAGCACAACAGCAGUGGAUGGAGCUUCGGUUUAACACACUAGCCAAGUGUCCCCACUGCAAAAAAAUAUCCUCUGUCGGUAGUGCGCUCCCUAGGAGGCGCUGUUGUGCUUACAUAACUAUAGGGAUGAUCUGCAUUUUCAUUGGAGUGGGUUUAACAGUUGGUACUCGGGACUUUGCCAGCCAGUACAAUGCCACCUACGUGUCCUGGGCAUUUGCCUACCUGCUGGGCCUGAUCUGCCUGAUACGAGCCUGUUACUGGGGGGCCAUCAAAGUCAGCUACCCAGAGAACAGCUUCGCCUAACAUGGGCAGCGCACACCACACAGCUGGAACGUCAAACCACUACUCUCUACUCUACAUUUCUAAAAUAAUUGCCUAAGUCAUUUUUUGACAAAAAUUACCUUUUUGCCUAAAUCAUCAACUACUCAGUUUCUGGUUACAUGUUUUGUGUUUCUUGAAAAUUCUGAAAAAAUUGCAUAGGCAAUUAUUUUAGGAAGGUGAUGAUAUAUUUGUUCUAUAUUUGUUUGAUAUUAUCAUCUUGUCCAGAUUUCAAUGUGGUCAUUCUUAGAGAGUGAACUCCUGUGUGUCUGGACGGCAGAGUGUUGAGGAGGUGUUUUUGAAAGUUGUAUUUGUGUCUCACUGAACACAUCUACGGUAUGUGAAUCUGCUAGUCCAGGGGGAUCCAAACCCUGUCCAGGUUUUGCAUCAACCCCCCGAGGUACAGAAUCAGUUGCUCAUCCAAUAACUGUGAUUUUUUUUUUUCUUUGAAGAAUGCCAAAAUCAACUGGGUCUGUGCUGAUUUUUGAUUGAUAGUUUAGUAGACUGUUUGGAUUCAGUCAUUCUGUACUGUUUUUUUUUUUUUUUUUUUUUUCAGCAGCCUCACUGACAUGAUGAUUUUAUUUUGUUGCCGACCAGACCAAAAUGAGACAACCUACUAAGCAACAUAUGCCCAUUGCACUACGAUUAUAUGCAAACAUAUGUGUUGUUUUGCUGCUAGUUAAAAUCCAGUUAGAGAAAGCUGCAAAUCCAUACUGUAAUGUAACCAUUUACCUUGCCUGUGUAUAAGACAUAGUAUUGCUGUAUGUCCGCUCUCAAAAUUACCAAUUUUUUAAAAGAAAUUGUCCUUAAAAGCCCCAUGCGUGCCAACUUUGCAACCCAGUAUUAGAAGAGAAGAAUAACAGAAGCUUGUUUUUAUUUUUUGUGCCAUGCAGCUUAAAUCAGACUCCAGCAAUAACCCUUUGAUUUUAGCUGUUUUCAGUCCCACCUGCCUUUUUGUGUUUUUACAUUGCCUUCUCAUUGCUUAGAAUGCAACCCCAGAACAUGACGACUCAAGUUUGCAUGUUGACUUAUGACAUGUCGUUUGUUUUCUGUCGCUGCUAUGGUGUCUUUGGAGUCUAGCCGAGGUCGCUGAAGCAUCCCCCCAUCCCCUGGGUCUUAGCUUCUUCAUGCCUGUGAGUUAGAAUGUAAACCUUUGUCCCUUUGCCUCUCGCUGCUCUCGGACCUCCAGUGAACUCUGUGCUAGCUAACAUCACUAUAGGCUAACCCGGCAUUCUGUCUCUUGACCUUGACCAGUGGGCACAGUUCAAACUUCUAACCUUGUUCUGAAUGUGAUGAUGAUGAUGAUGAUGAUGAUGAUGAUGAUGAAGCAGAAAAUAAUAUUAAAAAAAAAAAAAAAUACUCAUUGUAAAUAGUUCAGAUUCAGUACAUGGUAAACUUUAGUGUGAAGCUGAAGGAGCAGAUGGCUUGUGGGUCUUUUUAAAAAUGAUAAUUUAUCAAUAAAAUGCAAAAAAUGCUCA